UAGUUAAACACCAUUACUAUUUUUGUACCAUUUCUGAAGGUACAUGAACACGUGAAGGUACAUGAAAUGGGCUAAUUUUGUAUAUUUCAGAAAGUGAAGGUACAUGAACACGUGAUUUGUGAAAGGACAUAAAAGGUGAAUCCAAUACUUUUCUUUCUACUACUAAUAUACUUAGUCUCAAGAAGAUAUGUUUCGUGUAUGCUAAAGUUGUCUCCUCUCGUUUAUAGAGCUUAAGCUUAUCAAUAUCUAUUUUAACCAAACAUAUGCAUACAAUUCUACAUAUUCAACGACCAAAUAAUUAAUGAGAGUUACGAAUAAUGUUUAAUAAUCGGCAAUCUCGCCGGAGAUUCCGGCUCGGAAACUUAGCUAGACUUGUCCAACUACGGCAAAGCGUUAGCCACCAACCGCCACAACAGAGGCCGCCACGAAGGACUCUUCAAGAAACUUUGUCUCAAUCGCCACCACAGUCACCGCCAUUUCAGCCACCAUUUCCAUCUCCGAUACCUUCUCCAUCAACACUUUCACCCUCUUUUUCGGAAUCUAGGGAAAAUCACGGCUCUCCACCACAUGUACUACCGGAACCACCACUGUCGCCGUUAUCACCAAAAUCAAAGGAAGAGCCUCAAUCGCAGCCAAUGCCACCACUGACGUCAAAACAUGUCAAAACACACCGGAAUCUACUUAUCCAAUCACCUCCUAAGUCGCCGCCAGAAUCCACUGAAUCUCAGCAGCAAUUACUAGCAUCGGUGCCUCCUCCACCGCUAACACCAGAAGCAAAAACACCAUUGUCCCCCUCGUCAACGCUAAAGUCUACCGAAGAAUCUCAGUCCCAACCGUCUCCACCGCUUAAAUCUAUUGAUGAAACUCGGUUCCAUCCAUCGCCUCCAACAUCAUCAAAAUCUGGUGCCAAAACUCCACCGUCUUCACCGUCAACAUUAAACGCUAAUGAAGAAUUCCAAUCCCAAACUUCUCCUCCGCUUUUGCCGUCUAAAUCCAUUGAUGAAACUAUUUCUCAAUCACAGCCAGUUUCGCCACCACCACCACCAGAAGCCAAAACUCCACCGUCUUCACUGUCAACGAUAAACACUAAUGAAAAUUCCCAAUCACGACCGUUUUCACCGCUUCUGCCGUCAAAAUUCUUUAAUCAGACUCAGUCCCGAUCAUCGCCACCGUCAUUGUCAGAAACAGGUGAAACUCAACCACCACCAGAAGCCAAAAUUCUACCGUCUCCGCCUUCAACGCUAACCCCUACUGAAGAAUCCCAGUCCCAACCACCUCCACCGCUUCUACCGUCUAAAUCCAUUAAUGAAACUCAGCUCCGAUCACCGUCUCUGUCGCAAGCAUCGUCAUUACCAGAUUCUGGUGAAUUUCAUCCGCCUUUACCGCCACUAGAAGCUAAAGUUCCAUCGCCUCCGCCGUCGACGCAAAACGCUACAGAAAAAUCCCAGCCCCAACUGCCACCACCGCUUUUGCCAUCUAAAUCCAUAGACGAAACUCGGCUCCGAUCACCGCUUCAGUCGCAAGCAUCGCCACCGUCGUCAAUGCUAAAAGCUAUUAAAGAAGUCCAACCCCAAACGUCUCCACCGCCUCUGCCGUCCAAAUCUAUUGAAGAAACUCAAUUCCGAUCACUGUCUCCGUCAUUAUCAGAACCUGGUGGAAAACCUUUGCCAUCGCCAGAAGCUAAAAUUGCACCGCCUCCGCCGUCAAGGCUGCAAGCAACUGAAGAAUGGCAACACCAACCGCCACCACCGCCUUUGCCGUCUAAAUCCAUUGAUGAAACACGGUCCCAAUCACCUCCGAUUUCGCCAUCACCACCAUCAAAAUCUACUCCAGAACCUAAAACAAUACCGUCAUCUCCUGAAUCUGAAAAACAAGCAAGAUCUCAGACACACUCAUCACCAUCAGCAUCGCCAUUGUUGUCGCCGAAAGCUAGUGAAAACCACCAAUAUCAAUCACCUAUACCACCACCAUCUCUGACGGAACAGAGGUCACCAUCGCCGAUGAAAUCACCAAUUCCCGCACCGCCGCCAAUCAAAUCACAAAUCAUACCGUCACCUAAACCAUUGUUACCCCAAAUUAAACCUAACAAAAUCAAAUCUCCUCCUCCAAAACUUAUAAACAACGAAUCUCACACUUCACCAGAUCAUAAAAAGGAUCAAAACCACAAUCCAGAGAAACCUGACGCCAACCUCAUGAACAAGAAUCCGCCUAAAAAUGAAGUUCAGAAAACAGAGAUCACCGGAAAAGUUAACAUUAAAAACAGGGGAAGGGCAAUUUGGUCAGAGAAAAAAACAGAGCCAAUGGUUAUAAUGUUCAUUAACAGUAACGUCCAAGGAUUCAACACUUCUCUUUCGCUCGAUUCAUCUUCCAUCGAUCAUGAACCAGGUGUCCACUUAACGAUAGACUAGAUCCUGACCCGCACGUACGUGCGGGGUUUCAUAUUUCAAAAACAUUUCUUACAAAUUUUCAUAUAAUAUAGAUUAUUUUAUUGUUUUUAUGAUGUAUAUUUUAGUGUAUUAGAUCUAGAUCCACAUGUACGUGCAGAUAUAUUUUUUUUAGAAAUUGUUAUAUAGAUUUUAAAAAUAUAAAAUAUUUUGUUGUGUUAGUGAACUUUGUAAUAAUAUAGAUAUUAUAAAGUUAGAGUAAUGAACGAAAUUUAGUUGCGUUAGUGCAUAGUUAUAUUUUAAGAUUCGGACCUACACGUACGUGUGAAAUUGUAUUUAAUAUAAAAUUAAGAUAUU